GAGGCGGGAGCGGCGGCGGCGCUGAGGAAGGGGAGGCAGCGCCGGGAAGGCCUCACUAACCCGGCCAGGGCUUAUUGAUCUGGUGUAAAUUUCGACGUUUGCCUGGUGGGAAGUGACAGGACCUGAGUGAGAGUAAAAGUGCCCUGAGAGGAUAAUGAAACCCUGCCAUACAUCUUCCAAUAAAAUGGGGAAACCAACUGGUGGGAGAUCAGCAAAAAAGCCUUUGAAGUUGCAAAAUCAACAAGGGCCUUCUAGCAAAAAAAAGGGAGCAGAUGAACAAGAAAGAAAACAAAGUAAAAAAAGACAGCAGGUCCCUCAGACAGUCAGAAGGGAAGUUAAGGAACUGAAGACCCUACCUGCAGGAGGAAAUGGUUCUUCAAAAACAGUGAAGCUGUCCAGUGCUGCAAUAGGAUCUUGGCAGCCUCUCUCAGAGAGCAGUAGGCUGUUCCUGGAAAAUAUAAUGGAUUCAGUAGUACUAUCUGUUUUGUCCCAAAAGAGGGAGGGAAAAGAUGAUGUUCAGAAACAUCUCAAUGUACUGAAAGAAAGGGUGCUGAGAAGUUUCAAGACUUUAAAGGUGCCUCCAGGGAAGCUGGACAACCUGAAGAAUAUCUCGAGCCUUCAGAUGGCAGAGAAACAAAUGCUUGAGACAAACGAGGAGUGUUUGCUACAACUGCAGGAAGAAAUAACUGAAGCGGAGAGAUCAGCAGAGCGCAUCGAUGAAAAUGUACAGCAGCUGCAGUACAAAAUCCAGGUGCUCAAGAACCAGUUAGAGAAAGAUGAAAAAGAGGCCAAGAAGGUAUUCCAGGAAAAUGGCAGUGGAGCACUCCGCCUCCCAGAACUCCCCAAGAGCAGUUUGCAGGCACCCACUUUGCAGGAGGAAGUUUUGAAAGUAAAGAAUCAGAAGGGCCUUUUAAAGGAUUUGAAUGCUAUUCAGCAAUCAGCUGAUUUGAAGAACUUGUUAACCCUUGUUGAAAAGACCUAUGAGAAGGUGGAUUUGCUUUGAGAAGCCAAAAGGUGUGGAGUCUCCAUGCUGAGUUUAGAAUCUGCUUUCUUUCUAAUGGGCUUCCUGUUGUGACUGCUGAAUUUCUGUUAAAACAUUAUCUAUUUACGUUGCUAUAUAAAUCUGUACAUACAUUUUGGGACUCGAGAUUUAAGUCAUUUGUCAAGGUUUUUUGGGGUUUUUUUGACCUGUGAUGGCAUGUAAUAAUGAUAAAUCCUGUCUUAGGAGAAGGGAGGGAAAUGGAUGCUGGUGUUUUUACAGAAUAAGGGAACUCUUCCAUUGUAUUUGCACUUCUAUAUCUGUAAAUCAUUGAAGGCAGUGCCUUUUACCAAAGUAGAUUUAUCAGGAGUUUAAUCUUUAAACCUGAAACAGGUAGUAAAAAUAAACUUAUC